UUCUAAAACCCUAGAGGCCACUCCGCUUUCUCCUUCAUAAGGUUAUCUUCUCUGCAACCAGCGGCCGGCAAAGGGCGAAAAACAAUGGUUUCCCUGAAGCUCCAGAAGAGGCUCGCCGCCAGCGUCCUCAAAUGCGGCAGAGGCAAGGUCUGGCUCGAUCCCAAUGAAUGCAACGAAAUCUCCAUGGCCAACUCUCGCCAAAAUAUAAGAAAGUUGGUGAAGGAUGGUUUCAUCAUCAGGAAGCCAACCAAAAUCCACUCUCGUUCCCGAGCACGCCGAAUGAAGGAGGCGAAGAGGAAGGGUCGCCACUCAGGAUAUGGUAAGCGUAAGGGUACUAGGGAGGCAAGGCUUCCAACCAAGAUACUCUGGAUGCGGAGAAUGCGUGUUCUCAGGAGAUUGCUUCGCAAAUAUAGAGAGUCUAAGAAGAUUGACAAGCAUAUGUAUCAUGACAUGUACAUGAAAGUGAAGGGUAACGUCUUCAAGAACAAGCGUGUGCUAAUGGAGAGCAUCCACAAGUCGAAGGCUGAGAAGGCUAGAGAGAAGACAUUAUCAGAUCAAUUUGAGGCCAAGAGGGCCAAGAACAAAGCCAGCAGGGAAAGAAAAAUUGCUCGAAGGGAGGAACGAUUGGCACAGGGACCUGGGGAGAAACAAUCAUCCGCGGCAUCAGCAGCCCAACCUGCUGCUGGGUCUCAAUCAACUCAGGCAUCAAAGAAAUCGAAGAAGUGAGAAUUUUUCAGGAGUGCCGUAGGAAGGUUUACUUCUGAUGGUUCUUGUGUCCCUAUUAUUCUAGAGUAGUUUUGAGGAGGCUUUCAGCCUUUUGUUACUUUGGACCUUGUUACUUCACAUCCAAGACCAAGGAUUUUUAAGCCUGGUAAUUUUGUUAGUUUAUGUUCAUUAUGUUUUGUCAGCCAUGUUUGCUUAAUGGAAUUUAUUUGAGAUUCAAUGCAUAUUGAUUGAUUUAGAGUGAGUUGUAUGGUUAUGGAUUAUGCUUUUGUGAUUA